CCCAAAAAAAAAAAAACCAAAAGCCAAAAAAGUCUCAGAAUUCACACAACACAAAACGCACAGUUUUUCUCUUUGCCAAAGCGCAAACCAAACCUCACUUUCUCUCUCUCUGAAGCUUUCGGGAAAUCGACCACAAUGGCGAGGCCAUCGCAGCAAGAGAUCGACACGUUCGUUGCCAUCACCGGCGCGUCUGAGUCAAUCGCUCUUCGUAAACUGGAGGAGCAUGGAGGCAAUCUCAAUGAAGCUGUAAAUGCACAUUAUGGUGAUGUGGGUAGACACAUUACAAAUCAAGCAGCUGCUGCUUCCCAGCCAUAUAAUUUCCCGAACAUGAAUGGUCUGGUUCAAGCCGGACCACGUGGGAUUUUACCAUUAUUAUCUGCUGCUAGAAGUUUCAGGCCUUCAUUACUGCUUGACGCCAAUUACCGGAGAGAUCUCUAUAAUUCAAUUGGUGCUUCUGCUUUCGGUACUCGUGGGCCAUAUGUUUCACAUCCAGGGGAGGUCAGGGAGUCUCCACAACACUUGAAUAGUAGGAAUGAGCAGCCUCAUCAUUCAGGACUAAGGCAGACGGAGUAUGAUACUGGAACUUCAUUACCUCAUGGUCCGGGAACCGAUGAAAAUGUAGAGGAAGAAAUGAUUCGAGCUGCUAUUGAGGCUUCAAAGCAGGAGGCUGAAAGGAAUUAUCUGAAUCAGCUACGUAGUGCUUCAAAUGAUUCUUCUGGUAUUGGGCUACUGCAUAACCAACAUCACCCAGAAGACGAUGAUAUUUCUCGUGCAAUUUCAUUGUCCUUGAAGACAGCAGAGCAAGAGAUAGCAAUUCGUGAGCAGCAAGUAAAAAAUGAAGAUCAAGGAGCUGGAUCUUCUGAUUUGAUUGGUAGAAAUGAGAAAGCUAAGAAAAGUAAAUGGAAGUUGAAGCGAGGAAGUUCAUCGCACAAAGAUGGAGCUGAAAAUAGGAAACAACACAGCACAGAUGCUGUUCAUACUGACAAGUGGGGAGGCAUUUCUUUGGAAGAGCUUGAUGAUGCAGCUAUGAUUGAAGCUGCACUUUUUGGAAAAAUUCCUGAAGGGACUUCAAAUCACUAUCAGCAUGCACCUAAUAUGCAAAGUGGUCAAGAUAGAAGCUCCAGUUCUCAUUCUGUACCUCAUCCUCCAUCACCCUUUCUAACAGAACAGCAAUCUCUAAGAGAACAACAGGAGACUGAAACUCAUCAAUUAAGGGAAGACAAAUUCUGCAACAAAUUGCUUGAGGGAGAGGAACUGGAGAGAAUACUAGCUGCAAAAGAAGCUUCACUUUCAAAGGAACCAGCAAAAGAUAAUGAGAAUGCAGUAACUCUCCUUGUUCGGAUGCCAGAUGGUAGUCGCCCUGGUCGUCGCUUUCUCAAGUCUGACAAGCUUCAGCUUCUUUUCAACUUCAUAGAUGUCAGUAGAGUGGUGAAACCAGGCACUUAUAAAGUGGUGAGGCCAUACCCCCUGCGUACUUUCAGCAUUAGUGACUGUUCAUUGACUUUGAGUGAACUAGGCCUGACCAGCAAACAAGAAGCGUUGUUCCUGGAGUUGAUUUAACAUUGCUGCUCUUCUGUACUGAAAACUUACCAAUUAGAAUAUCAUGUUCAACUCAGACUGUACACUGUACUUGUUUGUGACUUGUAAAAAGUUUGGCCAAGGGUACUAGAAAUCUGAGACGGGCUGCCCUGCAGAAAUUUGCUGGCAAUGAAUUGGAAACUAAAUUGAUGGGAUUGGUUACAUUGGCAGUUAGUAUAUGCAAUCAUGAUUGAUUC